AGUUGGCGUGAGGGAGACCGGAUUGGGGGAGGGAUUCAGGCCUGUCCUCCCCCCGGCUGCGGCAGCACUACCACCGGCCGCCACCGCCUCUGGAACGCUGAGGAGGAGGAGCAGCUGGAGGAGGUGGGUCUUGGCGAGCGGGAUGCCCCUCGCUCCGGCUUGGUGGUGAAUGCUGAGGAGAGUCACGGUUGCUGCAGUCUGUGCCACCGGGAGGAAGUUGUGGUGUGAGGCCGGGCGGGAGCUCGCGGCGCUGUGGAGAAUAGAAGCGCGGGGUCGGUGCGAAGACUCGGCGGCUGCCAGACCCUUUCCUAUUCUGACCAUGCCUGGAAGGAACAAGGCGAAGUCCACCUGCAGCUGCCCUGACCUGCAGCCCAAUGGACAGGAUUUGGGCGAGAGCGGCCGGGUUGCUCGUCUGGGAGCCGAUGAAUCUGAGGAGGAGGGACGGAGGGGGCCUGUCAGUAAUGUCGGAGAUCCUGAGAUCGUCAAGUCUCCCAGCGAUCCCAAGCAAUACCGAUACAUCAAAUUACGAAAUGGCUUGCAGGCACUUUUGAUUUCAGACCUAAGUAAUAUGGAAGGUAAAAUGGGUGAUGCAACAGAUGAUGAAGAGGAAGAAGAAGAGGAGGAAGAAGAAGAAGAAGAUGAUGACGAUGAUGACGACGAUGAUGAUGAAGAUUCUGGAGCAGAAAUAGAAGAUGAUGAUGAAGAGGGUUUUGAUGAUGAAGAUGAGUUUGAUGAUGAUGAUGAUGAACAUGAUGAUGAUGAUCUUGAUACUGAGGAUAAUGAAUUGGAAGAAUUAGAAGAGAGGGCAGAAGCUAGAAAGAAAACCACUGAAAAACAGCAAUCGCAGAGCCUGUUUUUGCUGUGGUCAAAGCUGACUGAUAGACUGUGGUUUAAGUCAACUUAUACAAAAAUGUCUUCAACCCUGCUGGUCGAGACAAGAAAACUUUAUGGGGUAGUUGGAGCUGAAAGCAGGUCUGCACCUGUUCAGCAUUUGGCAGGAUGGCAAGAGGAGGAGCAGCAGGGUGAAACUGACACAGUUCUGUCUGCAGCGGCUCUUUGUGUUGGAGUUGGGAGUUUUGCUGAUCCGGAUGACCUGCCCGGGCUGGCACACUUUUUGGAGCACAUGGUAUUCAUGGGUAGUUUGAAAUAUCCAGAUGAGAAUGGGUUUGACGCCUUCCUGAAGAAACAUGGGGGUAGUGAUAAUGCUUCAACUGAUUGUGAACGUACAGUCUUUCAGUUUGAUGUCCAGAGGAAGUACUUCAAAGAAGCCCUGGAUAGAUGGGCCCAAUUCUUCAUCCAUCCACUAAUGAUCAGAGAUGCAAUUGACCGGGAAGUUGAAGCUGUUGAUAGUGAAUAUCAACUUGCAAGACCCUCUGAUGCAAACAGAAAGGAAAUGUUGUUUGGAAGCCUUGCUAGAUCUGGACAUCCUAUGGGGAAAUUUUUUUGGGGAAAUGCUGAGACUCUCAAACAUGAACCAAAAAGAAAUAAUAUUGAUACACAUGCUAGAUUGAGAGAAUUCUGGAUGCAUUACUAUUCUGCUCAUUACAUGACUUUAGUGGUUCAAUCCAAAGAAACACUGGAUACUUUAGAAAAGUGGGUGACUGAAAUCUUCUCUCAGAUACCAAACAAUGGGUUACCCAAACCAAACUUUGGCCAUUUAACGGAUCCAUUUGACACACCAGCAUUUAACAAACUUUAUAGAGUUGUUCCAAUCAGAAAAAUUCAUGCUCUGACCAUCACAUGGGCACUUCCCCCUCAACAGCAACAUUACAGGGUGAAGCCGCUUCAUUAUAUCUCUUGGCUGGUUGGACAUGAAGGCAAAGGCAGCAUUCUUUCUUACCUUAGAAAAAAGUGCUGGGCUCUUGCACUAUUUGGUGGAAAUGGUGAGACAGGAUUUGAGCAAAAUUCUACUUAUUCAGUGUUCAGCAUUUCUAUUACAUUGACUGAUGAAGGUUAUGAACAUUUCUAUGAGGUUGCUCAUACUGUCUUCCAGUAUUUAAAAAUGCUGCAGAAGCUAGGUCCAGAAAAAAGAAUUUUUGAAGAGAUUCAGAAAAUUGAGGAUAAUGAAUUUCAUUACCAGGAACAGACAGAUCCAGUUGAGUAUGUGGAAAACAUGUGUGAAAACAUGCAGCUGUACCCACUACAGGACUUUCUCACUGGAGAUCAGCUUCUUUUUGAAUACAAGCCAGAAGUCAUUGCUGAAGCCCUUAAUCAGCUAGUUCCUCAAAAGGCAAAUCUUGUUCUACUGUCUGGUGCUAAUGAGGGAAAAUGUGACCUCAAGGAGAAAUGGUUUGGGACUCAGUAUAGUAUGGAAGAUAUUGAAAACUCUUGGGCUGAACUGUGGAAGAGUAAUUUUGAGUUAAAUCCAGAUCUUCAUCUUCCAGCUGAAAACAAGUACAUAGCCACAGAUUUCAUGUUGAAGGCUUUUGAUUGUCCAGAGACAGAAUACCCUGUUAAAAUUGUGAAUACUCCACAAGGUUGCCUAUGGUAUAAGAAAGACAACAAAUUCAAAAUCCCCAAAGCGUAUAUACGUUUCCAUCUGAUCUCACCUUUGAUACAGAAGUCUGCAGCAAAUGUGGUCCUCUUUGAUAUCUUUGUCAAUAUCCUUACCCAUAACCUUGCGGAACCAGCUUAUGAAGCAGAUGUGGCACAGCUGGAGUAUAAGCUGGUAGCUGGAGAACAUGGUUUAAUUAUUCGAGUGAAAGGAUUCAACCACAAACUACCUCUGCUGUUUCAGCUUAUUAUUGACUACUUAGCGGAGUUCAGUUCCACACCAGCUGUCUUUACAAUGAUAACUGAGCAGUUGAAGAAGACCUACUUUAACAUCCUCAUCAAGCCUGAGACUCUGGCCAAAGACGUUCGGCUUUUAAUCCUGGAAUAUGCCCGUUGGUCUAUGAUUGACAAGUAUCGGGCUUUGAUGGAUGGCCUUUCCCUUGAGUCUCUGCUGAGCUUCGUCAGAGAGUUAAAAUCCCAGCUCUUUGUUGAGGGCCUGGUACAAGGAAAUGUCACAAGCACAGUGAGUGUGAAGUGCUCUGUUGCUGCUGGCCAGGAAUCUACGGAUUUCCUGAAAUAUGUUGUUGACAAGUUGAACUUCAUGCCUCUGGAGCAGGAGAUGCCUGUGCAGUUCCAGGUGGUAGAGCUGCCCAGUGGCCACCACCUAUGCAAAGUGAGAGCUCUGAACAGGGGUGAUGCCAACUCUGAAGUCACUGUAUACUACCAGUCAGGUGCCAGGAGUCUGAAAGAAUACACUCUUAUGGAGCUGCUUGUGAUGCACAUGGAAGAGCCUUGUUUUGACUUCCUUCGAACCAAGCAGACUCUUGGGUACCAUGUCUACCCUACCUGUAGGAAUACAUCUGGGAUUCUAGGAUUCUCUGUCACCGUGGGGACUCAGGCAACCAAAUACAACUCUGAAGUUGUUGAUAAGAAGAUAGAAGAGUUUCUUUCUAGCUUCGAGGAGAAGAUUGAGAACCUCACUGAGGAUGCAUUCAACACCCAGGUCACAGCUCUGAUCAAGCUGAAGGAGUGCGAGGACACCCACCUUGGGGAGGAGGUGGACAGGAACUGGAACGAAGUGGUGACCCAGCAGUAUCUCUUUGACCGCCUUGCCCAUGAGAUUGAAGCACUGAAAUCAUUCUCAAAAUCAGACCUAGUCAACUGGUUCAAGGCCCAUAGAGGACCAGGAAGUAAAAUGCUCAGCGUUCAUGUUGUUGGAUUUGGGAAGUACGAGCCGGAAGAGGAUGGUACCCCUUCCGGUGAGGAUUCAAACUCUUCUUGUGAAGUGAUGAUGCAGCUAACCUACCUGCCAACCUCUCCUCUGCUGGCAGAUUGUACCAUCCGCGUUAUUGAUAUCAGGGCUUUCACAUCAAGACUUAACCUUCUCCCCUACCAUAAAAUAGUCAAAUAAACUGCAGUCUCAUUGGCCUGAAGCACUGUGUAUUUAAAAGUGUUUUUGUUUGAAUUUUAUGAAGUUAGUUACACUACUACUGCCUUAGGGCUUCCACUGAAUUUUUGCACUGGCAUCAUAGAAUUUGUUCCCGCCCCCCCCCCCCGCCCCGCCCGCCCGCCCGCCCGCCCCUCCUUCUGUUGUGACUAACAAACCAAGGGUUACUAUAGCAGCUGCAGAGAGAAAUUAGCAGGUGGGCCAAUGUAACCAAAAAGCUUGCAGGAGCCAUCUGAGACACCCUGGCCUGUCCUGGUCCUCUCAGAUUGAGAAUCCAGUUCUGUAUGACAGGCUUCAGAGGCCCUAUGUAAUUGAUGUCUUCUUAGUACCUAAAUGCCAGGUGCUAAUACUAAUACCUGUGUUGUUGUUUUUAAUGUAUUUAAAAAUAAAGGUAAUUCUGUAUUGCCCUUCAGAAUGA